UUAUUGCAGAUGCAGGUUUUUUUUAAGCUAACCACAUGCAGAAACAUUUUAAAUGCAAAUGUAAGAUGUGAUCAGCACUUGGAUAAAGUGACAAACACAGGAUCAACAUUAAGGCAGGAUUUUUGGUGCUACAAACUAAAGGCUUUAAAAUAACUGCGGUAGUGAAAUUUAUAGCUUAAAGUAGAGCAAAACAAAACAUGAGUGACACAUGCUUAGAAAAGGGGCCACAAAGGGUUCUUUGAGCAGUGUAUGGGAGAAUCGCAUCAAAUGCCUGGAAAAACAUGUUUGAAAAAGAUUUGAGAAUUUAAAGAACCUUCAUGCAAUGUAAGGGUUCUUUGUAGAGCCUUUGUAGAGGUUCUUAAAAUUUAGGUUGUUCAGUCCUAUGUAUAAAAAUGGUUUUCUGAAGAGACCGUCCUUGGAAAUGUUUUCAAGGGAACCAAAAGUAGUGGUUCUAUGGCACAGUGUAAACAAUCUCAGACUUACAGUAUCUAAUAUUGAGAACCAUGCACUGAAAUGUUUUUCAAGGGAACCAAAAAUGGUUCUUCUAUGGCAGAGUGCAAAGAACCUCAGACUCUCAGACUAACAGUAUCUAAUAUAAAGAACCAUCCACAAAAUUUUCAAGGAAACCAAUAUGGUUCUACGGCACAGUGCAAUUUUAGGCUUUACAGUACGUAAUAUAAAGAAUGAUCCACUGAAAUGUUUUCAAGGGAACCAACUGAUUAUUCUACAGCAAAGAACCUCAGACUUGGGGAAUCUAACAUAAGGGGAACCGUUAUGGUUAUUAUAUGACUGAGUACAAAGAACCUUAGACGUGCGCUAAUAUUGAGAACUAUGUAUUGAAAUGUUUUCCAAGGGAACCCAAAACAAUUCUAUGCCAAAGUGCAAAGAACCUCAGACUUACAGUAUCUAAUGUAAUGAACCACUCACAGCAAUGUGUUCAAGGGAUCCAAUAUGGUUAUUCUAUGGCAGAGUGCGAAGAACCUUAAGACGUAUGAAAUCUAAAAUAAAGAACCGUCCACUGAAAUGUUUUCAAGGGAACCAGCAGUGGUUAUUUUACAUCAGCGUGCAAAGAACCUCAGACUUACAGUAUCUAAUGGGCUUUUUGGCCUAGUCACAGUUAAUUGCUUUAAAAUGCGCAUAUUGACCUAUAAAGAUGUUUUUACUUUCAUGUGCAAAACUGCUACCCUGAGGGCAUCUAUACUGAAAGCAGUUCUAAACAUAUCUUGAUCGGUUCUUGGCACUUCGUUCCUUCGAAAGAGAGUGAACAGAGACUGUGCUGCGGUAGGAGCUGAGGGAACAGUCUUUUGAAAGUUAGGAUCAAUUUCAGUGACGGGCCUUCCCUAUGACUGCCUCAUAUAAAUAGCCCACCUAUAAAAAGCUUCUGGCCUCUGAUGUUCCUUCUGGGGUGGCAAAGCCACAUAGCAUAGAGUAAAUUUAAAAGAAUAAACAAGCAGAUUGUUUUUCUGCCUAAUUCAAGCCCAGCAGCUCGGAAUUAUAAGUGACCGGCCAAACGAUGAAUGAGGUGAGCACUGAUGAAGAGCCAUUACUGUACUGACUGCACAAGGUGAAGGCCUGUGUCUUCACUGCUUGACUGUCAAUGUUAGAUGCUACAAUGUCAGAUACAAACCUUGAGGAACCUUUGAACUUGCAAGAAAGUGGAAGAAAGCCACAAGAUGAGGGGCAACGUGAGAAGAACGUCCCAAAAAACAAGCAAGACUCGGCCGAUGUGUUCAGCAUUAGUUCAGCAAGCCCAUGUCCAGUCAAGGAUGCUCAAGUUAACAGUGAAACCAAACACAGCAAAGUGUCUGAGCUGGCUUCAGGUCAGGCUUUGAAUAGAUCUGGAAUCCUGGUCCAUCUACAGCUUGGUUCACCUCUGGAGUCAGUAAGAGAACUGAUGGAGGUGGAAGAAACAUGUGAACUGGGGGUUCUAGGAGACAGGAUGGUCUUAUUUAACGAGCAAAAGGAAAGCAAAGAGAUCUUUCCUGCCACAAACAUAAGAUACAUGUCACUGACCACAGAAGGGCUUGGAGAUGCCUUGGGAAGGGCCAUCAUGGCGUCCGCCACAAAACCUGAUGCAACUGUAGAAAGCCCCAUGACAGAAGCCUGUAGCUCCUUGCAUGAGAUUCCAGGAUUGUGGCCUCAAGAAGAUGCCUCAAAGGUUUCAGUCAACGAGUGUCAACAGGUGGAGCGGUGCUCUUCUACUAUGUGUAGUGACCAGACGGGGCACCAGCUGACACCAUGCAACGCUAAUUCUGGUGUUGUUGAGGUCCAACUGGACAAGCAUUCCUCUGUCACCCCUUUGCAAGACCUUCUAAACCCUGUAGAGGAACAUAUGUGUCACCAAACUGGUGUAGAAGUUAAAGUUAAGUAUGAUGACAAGUUGGGGUUAGACAACAAGUCAAAUUCAGAGGAGUUUCAAGGUCACAACUGUGAAAAGGAAGACGCUGCAACCACUGUGGCUAACCAGACUCUAACUGAGGUUCUCACACCUUGUAAAGCCAAAGUGGAACAGCACGAACAGCUGAAAUCCUCUUCAUUUGAUCUGUCUGCCCAGCUGCAUUCUGCUCAAGUUAUGACUGCAAGUCUGCAUCAGAGAGUGCUUUGCCUGGAGCAUGAAUGCAGCCUCAAAGAGAAGGAGCUACAAGAGCUAACAGCCAAUCUGGAGAAGACUAGCAAAGCUCUAGAAGUGAGGAACUCAGAAAUGACUACGGUCUCUAAGGAGCUCCACCUGCUUCACUUAGAGCUGGAAGCAAUGAAGAAUCCACCGACUGCUGCCCGGACCGUCAAUGCCAAUGGUCAGGCCACUCUGAGCUCACAGCAGCUGCUGGCACAAAACAGCAGCAGCUCAAAACUGUGUAGACUGUUGUGAUAGUGCCCAUAUGGAAAAAAAUAUGGAUCUGUAUUUUUAUAUUAUUAAAAUACACUUCAAAUACAUUCAGUCUAUUCUGAGAUACAUUCCAAACACUAAAAUAUAACUCAGAAUGUAUUACUGUAUUAACCAAAUCUAUUUUAAAACACAUUUACACAUAGAA